AUGGCGACCACAAGCAGCGAUGCUGUGGAGGUUAAGCUGUUCGGCAAGUGGAGCUUUGAGGAGGUCGAGGUCACGGACAUCUCCUUGGAGGACUACAUCGCCGUGAAGCCCAAGUUUGCGGUCUAUGUGCCUCACACGGCCGGCCGCUACCAGAAGCGGCGCUUCCGCAAGGCCCUGUGCCCGAUCGUUGAGAGGCUGACCAACUCCAUCAUGAUGCACGGUCGCAACAACGGCAAGAAGCUCAUGGCGUCAGCUGCGCAGCAGCUGCGCGAGCUUCCAAAGGAGUUGAGACGCGAGGUGGUAUGGCAGCAGCAGCCGUCCUGGUGGCCGCAUCAGCUGCGACAGCAUCAGCAGCAGCGUCUCUGCGACCACCACUUUGGAACUGGGAGGCGGAGGCAGCGAGGAUGGGCCAGGACUGCUGUUGGGCUGCUGCCGCAUGGCGCCCGGGCGGCGUGGCGCUUGGCAGAGGCUGCGCUGGACCGCGCAUGUGCGGUGCUGGCGCACAUGGCCAGGUGCCGUGACAAGGCGCCGCGGCGCCGCCAGUGCGCUGUGUUAUCAGGGGACAGUCACGAGGCCGUGGCUGGCGGCCGCGAGUGGAAGCUGCAGGCAGCGGGGCAGCGAGUGCGCAUCGUCAGCCACGCGUUUGACAUCAUCCACCUGCUGUCGGACCAGAACCCCAUCCAGGUGCUGGUGGACGCCAUCAUCAACAGGUGGGGCUAA